CUGAAAAGACUAAUUUUCAAAACUCUGCUGCGAUCUUAGCUUGUGCUUAAACAACAUUUUAAGCGAAAUGGCCACAGUUCAGGGAACCAUCACUAAAAUUGAUCCAUUUGACAUGGAAGGCGAUGUAUCAACACUGGAGAAAGCCUUGUGUGCUACAACUACUCUGGAUAAAGUGUUAAUUGAGAUGCUACCUUGCCGAAGCAACCAGCAACGCCAGGAGAUCCGAGAAGGUUACAAGACACUUACUGGUCGGGAGUUGAUUGACGACGUCAAUGCUAAACUGCCCAAUGGAAAGUUUAAGGACGUAGUGAUUGGUUUGCUGUACAGCAAUAUUGAGUACCCAGCUGUUAUCAUGGACAAAGCAAUGAAGGGCAUGGGAACUGAUGAAAAAGCAUUAAUCGAUGUACUGUGUACCAGAACUAGUAACGUGGAAAUGCAAGUUAUCAGGGAAACUUACACGGAAAUGUUCAACCGUGAUCUGGAAACUGACAUUAAGACAGAAAUUGGAGAGCCUCUCAGGACACUGCUGUGCACUUUGGCUAAGGGAAAUCGUGAUGAAGCCCCUUCAAGUAAUAUGGAAGCACAGGGCACCCGAGAUGCCCAAGCACUUUUCACUGGCGGCGAGGGUCGCAAAGGUGGUCCCCGAAAUGACAAAGUGUUUAUUGAAGUUCUUGGCACUCGUCCACUCAUCCAACUGAACCUGAUAACCUUCAAGAAGUAUCAGCAGAUGACAAAGAAAGAGAAUAUUGAAGGUGCUAUCCUUGCUGAAGGAACUGGGGAUCUUGAACUUGCUUAUCUUGCAUUGGUUGAGACAGCUAAAGGCAAUCUGGUACAUGUCUUUGUUGAUCAUCUGUAUUCCUCCAUGAAAGGACUUGGUACAGAUGACUCUAUGCUGAUUCGUACACUCAUCACGCGAUCAGAGGUUGAUCUGGCAAACAUCAAGGAUUUGUUCCAAGAGAAAUAUGGCAGCAGUUUGGUUGCAUUCAUUGAGGAUGACACCAGCAGGUCUUACUGUGAGAUUCUCAAGCGGAUUGUGGAGGGUGGCAAACCGAGUAGUUAGAUCGUGUCGAAGUUGAACGAUCCACACAUAGGGUGUCGGACUUAACAGUACUGGUGGUAAUUAUUCGGCAUUAUAAUAUAAAAAUGAGAAGAAAUUGGAAAUGUAGAAUGAGGUUCAUUGCAUUCCAGUCAUGACAUUGGGUAGCCUUAUUAUAAUUAUUCAAAUGGUUGUGUAUUAAAUAGCAGUUAUUAAUGUAUACUCCUUUUAUUUUUCACGGGCUUAUAACAAAAUUCAGUUGUUUGAUAUAGAUCAUUAAAUUAUUUAUGCAUGACAAUGUUUGACGAAUUCUUACAUUUUAAAGAUGAAACGAUGUGUAUAGUGACAUGUCAGCAGAUGUUAUUAAAGGCAUUGGUCACUAUUUGUUAUUACUCAAAAUAAUUGUUAGCAAAAAACUUAAUACUUGGUAACGA